UAUCAAAAUGGCAACAGUGAGAGGCCACAGCAAUACAGGAAUAUCAAAUGAUGCAUCCUUUACAAGUUACUUUGCAAAAAUAGACAACCUAACACAGAGUACAAAUAACUAUGAGUACAUUGGAAUCUUAAAAGGUCAGCACAUAUUUGUUGGCACAUUUUGAAAAAUAAUCAAGUCAUGUAAUGUAAUAAGAUGAUAUAGGAUUGUUUUAUUAUAUUUUUUAAUAUUACAUUUUCCAUGUUCAGUUUCAGCGUAUUAGUAUUUUACAUUUUAAAAAAAAUUACAGACUUUAAAAAAAAAAACAUGGAAUAAUUAAACAAAUUAAACUUUGAUAAUUUUAAGAUAGACGAAUAGAUGAUUUUAAAGUAACUUUUCGAAAACAAAUAGUCACACUGAAUCAUCACAUGGUUCUCUAUUUUAUCCAUAAUGACUUAGGAAUAACUAUAUGGUUUCUAACUAAAUGAUAAGCCUGCUGGAAAAUUCUGACAGUGCACAUAUCUUGCAGCAAGUGAAUUCUAAUGUUUUUGUUACUUUGUAUAAUUUGAAAAAAAUUAAUGUCUUAAGUAAGGCUGUUGCUAAUUUUGUAAGAGGUUCAAUUUUGAUCUUAUUUGAGACACAGUACAAGUGCAAGCAAGUAUGUUCUUGUAUCAUUAUAGAUAUAACAAAGCGGCACUGGAAACCUGUUGAAAAUAGAACUUGCUGCUUUAAUAAUGGAUGCCGCAAACAGUUCUCAACACUUUUAGAACGACCUAAUCAUUGCCGCAGGUACGGAUGCUUACUAUUUCUGAUGUUGCAGUUUGACUGUCUUGGUCAUUGUUACAGUGUUGCCUAGUAUAGCGUAUGGUUUGUUUUCACUUCAACAAAAAGUUAUUUUUAGGCACCACACUUGUUUCAUUAGUAUGGCUUUGAUAGUGACGUCACCUUGUAAAUGUGCUGUGUCACUCCUUCCUUGCCUGCCCCUUUCUUGACUGGGAAAAUGUUGUUUAUAUUCCAGAGCUUCAUAUUUAUUCCAAAGAAUGCCAUUAGGUGACACAAUUUUUAGAAUUUCUGUAAUAGAACAUUCUGAGUUGGUUCCUAUAUAUAGGCUGCAUACUUUCUUAGCAGCCAGACUCAGAUAGACAGAGCAAGACAGAUAGAGAGAGUGUAAGAGAGAAAUUCUUUGCUCUACGAGAAAUUAUAUAAUAGUGUGUGUAAAUUAAUAUUUUCAUUUUGAGGAAUGUACCUUUUUUACUUGCUGUAAGUUAAUAGUUUGUUGGUUUUUUUUUUUGUAUCUCUAUAGGAAUUUAUUUAUUUUAUUAAAUUUAACAUUGUUCGUAUCACUAGCUUUGGUAUCGUUUUCUUUACGUACCUACUGUUUUUCUCAGUCCUUUGUUAUGUAUUGUUAAUUAUAAGAACCAAAUCAUUACGAAGAUUAAAUUUUCAAAAUCAUUAGGGUAAGUAACAUUCAUUAAAACUGAAGAAAAAUCUGUGAUCAAAGGGGGUCGCCAAAAUGAUGAUCAAAUUAAAAAAAGUAACUCUCUCCAAUUACUGGAUUAUAUUCAUUUCUGUUUUGGUUGUCAAACAUUAUGAAAAUCAAGAUUUUUCUAUAAUCUUUUUCUGAUUGCUGGCAUUAUUGAUAUGAAUAUUGUGUUUGUUACAAAUGGGCUGUGUAGGCUUAUUGCUUGUGUUCCUCAAAUUUCAAAUGAUCAUUAUGAUUGAAAUAUCAGGAUGGGGUAAAAGCGGCAUUUGAUUUACCCUUUCCUGAACUAUGGAAAUCAUUUGAAUUUUCUUUUAAAUUAAAUUUAAUUAAAUUAAAAUAUUUACAGCUAAUUAUAAGCAAAUUUUAUUUAAUAGUUACAGUACAUUUGAAAGCUCAUCUGCUUGUUGUAUGUAAUUGUAAUCCUCUAGCUAUUUUACCUUGGAGAUCUGGAGAAAAAUAUUAUUAUUAAAACUCUUAACAGCUGUCUAUGCAGAUCUUGUUAAUAAAAUGUACACUAAAAAAACCCAUUGCAAUGUAUUUAUAUUUAAACAAUUUUUAAGUUAAUAUAUUUACAAUUCAAUAUGGGAUAAAAAGUGGAUUUAAUACUAAAAAUCAUCGUUUGAAUUAUAAAAUGUCAAGUAAUUUGAUGAAGAACAAAUCUUCUUUAGAACUUUUCCGUGGAUGCUAAAACUAUUACUAGACUAAGGUUGCAAUAAUUAUAAAGAUAUUCAAUUUCCUAACAGAUGUGGUGAAGUAUUCUGCAAUGAUUGCCUAAAAUACAAGCGGCGCCUGAACAAAUUAGCUAAUCCUGAUCCUGAUGGUGAUUUCUACAAGGUAUUAUUUAAGCUAAUUAUAAAGAAGCCCAAAGAAGCUGAAAUGAAACAAUUAUGUUGCGUUAAAUCGUGUAUACAUUAUAAGUAUCUAGUACCGGUACAUAAAUAAAAACAAAGAAAUAUCAUUCUUUUCUUAAACCAGAAUUUUCAUAUUGUGCAAAUGUUUUAUAGACGAACGUUUUUCAAAAUUUUAAUAUUUCCUGACACAAUAUACAUUUUCUAUCUGACUUUAUUGCAAGACUUCUGUGCCAAAGGAAUAUUUUUCGACAAACUAAAACUAAAUACAAGUUCCUUUAAAGUAGUAAUGUUUAUUUUGUGUAUAAGCAACCAUAUUUUAUUUUUAGGUGUGUAAAGCCUGUUUUGAGCAAGGCAAACUUGACGAUGUUGGUCAUUCAACAAGCCAUUUUGAACUUUUCAAAGAUAUAAGGGCCAAUUCCAAAAUUUCAAGCUCAGUCUCCACUGAGUGGAGAUCACGUUUAAAUAUUGAUAGAGAAAUUCAAAGGUCAGCCUCAACCAUUCUGCCUAAUCUAUUUUUAACCCCUAAUUCUUAAGUACCGUAAUUUUUUCCAUUUUUAAAUAUGUUUUUUAAAUUAAAGAUUCUGUUCUACUUCUUAAAAAUUGUAUUUGGUGGAAUCUAAUUGACUAUGUCACAUGACUACUAAACAAGAGGGGCUUUAGCAAUAGUCAUGAAAUUUGAAGUUUUUGACCAGAGUUGAGUUAUUAAAGCUUCUGUUAUACUUGGAAAAGUGUUUUAACUACAAUUUUUACAUAUAUUUAACAUGUAUUAGAUCAUGAACCUAAAAAUUAAAAGCAAUCUCCCAUUAUUAUUGAUGUUUUUUUAUCAUGGGUUUGAAAAAGAUUUUGAAUUUCGCUAAGAAAACUAAAAUGUUUGUUUCCCCAUGUCUUUUUUAAGGUUAGUAACUGGCUUUGGAAGGAGCAUUGGAAGUUCUGAGCUGCAGUGUAGACUGCAUGAACUAAAGAGUUUAGUGACAACACCUGAUUGGCAAAAAUCUUCUGUUUGGAUGGUAAGGACGUUGCUAAGUUGGCAGAGGUGGGCCAUGCAUCCUAAGAGAUUACGUUUGCUGUUGGGGGUGUGGAUGAUAAUUGAUUUAUAUAAGUUGGCAGAGUUGAGGUCUGGACAGUGUUAUCUGUUCGGGUUUGGAUUUGUAAGUUGCAGUCUGGAAAAAGAUUGUAAGGCUUAUGACUAUGGUUACACUCAUGUUAUAGAUGGUGGGAUAUAUUUCUAAUUUAGCUGUCAGGAUAUAGAUCAGGCCUGCACAACAGGCAGCCCGCCAGCACCCACUUUGCGGCCUGGGAAGUAACAACAUAUUCUUUAUUGUUACUAUUUUUUUAAUAGCUUUUUACCCCUGUCCUUUUAUAUUUCGGCACUCACAAGUUUUUCAUUAAGUAUUACAUUUUGCGUUGUGCAGGCCUGAUAUAAAUGGUGGGGUAAACAAACCUGUUUACUCUUACGAUUUUGGCGUACAAUGUACGAUUUUAAGGUGUAUACAUUAUAUAUACUAUAUGUUUAUUUUUUUACUAUUAAGAUAAUGUAUUGAACGAUUUUGUGAUGAUAUUUUACGAUUUUAAGAGUUUGAGGGUAAACAGGUUUGGGUAAAUAACUCAUGUAGUACACAGGAUAUAGAUGGGGUAUAUUACUAAUGUAGCAGUCAGGAUAUAGCUGGUGGGUGACGAGAUGUAGAACUUGCUGUCUUGUGCUCAUCUACCCUUGAUGAUACAUGUCUACCUGUUUGGGAAUUGUCUCCCACUUCACCCCACGGGCCAGUGUAACUGAUAGCAACUGAUACCAAUACACUAAACACAAAUUGGUUUGUUGCACGUUAUAAGUUUAUUUACCUUGACAAUUCAAUUAUAUAAGUUCUAAACAAUAAUCAAGAUGUUCCUGUAAAACACUACAAGUUAAACCGUGAAUAUCUUACAACGGCCACCAUAACAACCACAAAACUAAAGGGUCAUUUCCCCUUACCCAAAUACAUCACAACUAUCUCACAUAAUAGAUACAGCUACACAUAUAAUCUCUAAACUAACAUCUUUUCCAUACCAAACAUAACAAAAGUAACCUACACAUAACAGUGAUUCUCAUACCCUUGACAGUGGGGUAUAUUACUAAUGUAGCAAUCAGAAUAUAGAUGGUAGUCUGUAAUACUAAUGUAGCAGUUGUGAUAUAGAUGUGGGGUUUAUUACUAAUGUAGCAGACUCAAACUCUAGUGAGCAAUGCAGCUCAUUUUUAAACAAAUUUUUUUCAUUAACAAAUUUAAAUAUUUAUUUCUGGCUUGUUUUUUUUUUUUAAAUCACUUUUUAAAAUAUAUAUUUUCAUAAAAAAGUUAGAAAAUAUAAAUUUAGGACCAAUAUAUAUAUUUAUGAAGGUUUAUUGCAGUAACAGGAAAUAGUUUUUGAAUUUUACCCCAUAAAGACAAGCUUUAUAUUUAUUUUAAGGAUCCUAACAGUUACAGGAGAUAGCAUGUUAAGUUUAAAGACCAAUCCAAAUGUACAGGAGAUAGUAUGUUAAGUUUACAGACCAGUAUCUUAAUGUACAUGAGAUAGUAUGUUACGUUUACAGACCAGUGUAAAUGUACAGCAGAUAGUAUGUUACAUUUACAGACAAAUUUACAGACCAGUCUAAAUGUACAUGAGAUAGUAUGUUAAGUUUACAGACCAGUCUAAAUGUACAGGAGAUUGUAUAUUAAGUUUACAAACCAAUCUCAAUGUAAAGGAGAUAGUAUUUUAAGUUUAUAGACCAGUGUAAAUGUUAGUUAAGUUUUCAGACCAGGGUCAAUGUAUUCAAUCCUCAGAAAGAGACUCUGUCCAACAGCUGCCAGUUUUGUAAAGCCACCUUUGGAAUGCUCUCAAAGAAAUUAUUUUGUCGGGUGUGUGGGACUGUUGUGUGCAAAUCCCACUCCAGCAUGGAUCUUCUGUUGUAUAUCAGUGAUGAAGACAAGGGAACUGUUAAUCCCAAAUGGGCCAUUAUCAAAAUUGUUGGGGUAGGUUCUUCUUUUCAGUUGUAUUUAUUUAAUUUAACCCGUGUAUCAACUUAAAGUUUAAAGCAAAGGGCCGAUUCAUUUAAAAAAAAAAAAAAAAUUAAAAAAUGAAAUUCAAAUAUCACUAAUAGACUUUUUUUUUUUAUUCUUUUUAGUUUUUUUUAUUUAAUUUUACCGGUGUAUCAACUUAAAGUUUAAAGCAAAGGGCCGAUUUAUUUAAAAAAAAAAAAAAAUUAAAAAAUGCAAUUCAAAUAUCACUAAUAGACUUUUUUUUUUUGUGGGUUUAUUAUCAGACAGUCAAAUAUUAAUGGAGUUGAAUUUAUUUUUUUUUACCUAAGGUAUUUUGUAAUUUAUCUAUACAAAACCUUUUUUAAUUUAUUCGUUUGGAAUGAAUGUCUAGCAAAUAAUGUUAAUUUGAAUAAUUAUAGAACAAAAAGUAAAAAUAAAUAUUUUCAAGUAACAAAUUCUCCCAUCUUUGACAUAAAAUAAAGGAGGGGGGGGAAUAAAACAAUCUUUUAAUAGAACUGCUGUAAUCAUCCGGGUACUCGGGCUGGACAAAAUGUCAACACUGUUCAGUACUACUACUAUGUUAGCUAAGAGGCCCCUUAACUAAUUCAAAACUUGUGCACAACUAUAUUCUACGAAGUAUUUUACACAUUUAAAAAAAAAACUGCUAUUUUGUGAAAUGGGACUUCAUUGCGCGUACAGCCACAUGUAACAGUGACUCUAGAUACAAGGAUCGUCCGAACGAUAUGCUGAAACACACUUUUAGCUGCCCUGUUUUAAGACAUAUUUGUUCGGUGAUCUAAAAAUAGUAACGCUAUGACGUUUUCCGGUUUGAGAAAUGACAAACCCUAUUGGUCAGAAUGAGUUUUUUUUUUAAAGUUAUCUCAAGGGGGUUGAAACGAGAGUAUUAUGUAAUAUGGCAGUCUUUACAUUUUUGGUCACCUAGUUCAGUGGUCUCCAAAUGGUGGUCCGUGGACCUUCACUGGUCAGCAUGACUAACGAUGCCGGUCCUCAUAACAUAAAUAUUUAUUGUCAAAUAGAAAUAAAAGUAUACAAAUAUAAAAUUUUGAAACUUGUUCACCGGUCCGCCAAACUUAAAAGUUUGGGAACCACUGACCUCGUUCAUUAAGUUUUUUUUUUAUCCACAAAAUUUUUUUUUCAUUCCAUUUCAUAUAAAAAUGAAAAUGAUUACAGUGUCCUAAUGUUGAGCCUGAAAUAAGCCUGUACAUGAGGGUAUGCAACUCUUGUCAGGAUAAUCUGGCCAGCAAACAAGCAGGGAUUUACCAGGAAGAGGAAGAUAGUCUUCUCAACGGUUCAGAUUUCAUGGAGAACCUGACCAAGUUGGACCAGAAGCUUCACAGAUUUGAGGGCGAGGUCAAGAAACAGUUACCAAAGGUCGGGGAAAUAUUUAGGCUUUGAUAUAAUAAAUGUUACUCAUCAUCUGUUACCUGCUGUGCCAGUUUUAGAAAUAGUCAAGACAGAUUUUUCUUCUUUCUUUGAUUGAUCCAAUUAUUUAGGCUUUGAUAUAAUAAAUGUUACUCAUCAUCUGUUACCUGCUGUGUCAGUUUUAGAAAUAGUCAAGACAGAUUUUUCUUCUUUCUUUGAUUGAUCCAAAUUAAUGGAAAUGUUUUGUUAUGAACAUAUUCAUUUUCAGCACAUAGUUAAAUACUCUUAAAAUUAAAAAAGGAAAACAUUUUUAAACUUGAGCAAUUUAACACUAGAAAUAUUAAGAAUUUCUCAAGCACAAAAAUCAGCCUUUGAAGGCCAUGAAACUCUGGAAACUUAAAGGGCAUUAAACAAUUUGUGAAGAUUAGUGCCCUCAAUUAUAUUUGUUGAAGUUUUUAAAAAGCUAUCAUAAAUUUAAAUUUGCUAUUUUUAAAACAAAAAACUGAAAAAUUAUUUUUGUGUUUUAAAUUAAUUUUCUUUCAGUAUAGAGAUAUUGUGAAUUCUUUGGCUGAUAAGUCCAGAAAGUCAAGCU